AUGCCGAAUCUUAAUGAAUUGGUAGCUGAAUUUCUAAUUAAUGACGCGAAACUUACCCAAUUCACACGAAAUCUAAUAGAAAAUUACGAAAAAUUACGAUUAGAGCUGAUCAACAAAGAUAGGGAAAUAAAGGACAAAAGAGAAAAGAUUCGGCGACUGGAAGCGGAGGUUGCAAGAAUCAGAAACGUGAAAUACAAAGUGGCAAAUGUGAUUACCACUCACCCCACUCCCAUAAACCAAUCAUGUUUUUAUAAUGCGUUGGUUAUUUCCGCCAACACACCGCUCGCCGAGGAGGACCAAGUGCAAUACCCUCUCAUCAAAUCUGUUAAUUGGCUGUAUGCGCCUAAGCUCGGCGUAGUCUCAGCAAUUAAUAUGCGUGAGCGGUUGGAGCCGCAAGAGAAAGGAGAGGAUAAGGAAAACGAGAUAGAGACAAAGCUGGGACAGUGGUGCAGUUUCCUUGUUGAGGACCUUCGAACUGAUGAGGAACUUCGGAGCUUCACUAAACUGUCAUUCAAUUCUCUGGUGGUCAAAGACCUGAGUGUCACAGAGCCGUGCAGGACAAUCUUAACCGUAUUGGAAAUUGAGACCUCUAAACUGUUCGAGGAGGCAGCUGUUUAUUUGGAAGACGAAUUUUUGAAUAAAAUUAAUUUUCCAGCAAACUUGAGGAAAAAACUGUUCGAUUGCAAAAUGCAACAGUUUAAAGUAUUUCAGAAACUCUCGCCGCAAUAUUUACUCAAGGAUCAGCAAUAUUUACUCAAGCUCAAAGUGAAAAUUGUUUUGAGAGAAAAUUGGCAAGAACUGUUUGUCCACGAUCAAAAUUGGGCAUUAUUCGAAGUUGAACAUGUCUGUUGUGCUGCUGUCAAUUCUCGCGUAAUUUUCUUCUCGUGA